AUGUGGCAGGUGGCACAGCGAAAGGAUGUGAUGGACUAUGGAAAACUGGAGGAAUUUGUGUCUUUGGUGACAGAGACAGUCCCUGAGUUGCUUACUUGUAAGCAGAGGGCUCAGCUGCUUCUACGUUUACGAGCAAGGAGUGGGGAUGCGGAGGCUGAUGCUGAGGAGGCCAUCUUCCUGGAGCUGGUCCAAACGCUGCUGAACGACACAGCCGAGAGGGAGCAUUUUUUUCAGGAGGUUUUCCCAUAUGAGUAUGGCCCAAAUUAUGACUCAGACCUACAGCUGCUGGUGUGGGAGUUCCUGUCCAGGCUAGAGAAACUACUGCCAGUACCUGAUCUUGGACAGACAGUGUCAUGGCUCAGUGCUGCCCCCUCUGUUUUGGAUGAGUGUUUGCAGUCAAUAUCAGAUCAGGAAGGCCUUAAAACACUGCUCCAGCACCACACAAGUCUUGAGAACUUAGGGACACAAGGUCGUACGGUGGAAAUGUCUUCGCAGGUCUUCGCUUGUUCCCACUGCCCGUUUUUUCACAUGCAGGAGUCUUACCUCCGUCAGCACAUAGAGAAGAAUCAUCCAGAGGAGCAAGACAAGCUCCAGAAUGCUACCGAGGACCCAUCGUCACGCAGGAGGAAGUUUAAGCCUGUGAAGUUUCCAAUGCCUUUCCCCAUCUCAGAGGUGGAAGUGCCACAGCCUGGUGGUCACCUGUGUCCCCAGUGCGGAAAAACUUUCACCCGCUCCUCGGACGUGACCAGACACCAGCGUAUCCACACCGGGGAGCGUCCUUAUGUCUGUAAGGAGUGUAACAAGGGUUUUAAAAACUCCUGGGAUCUCACGAGGCACGAACGCAUCCACACAGGUGAGAGGCCCUUCUGCUGCCCGCAGUGUGGGAAGGGCUUCACACAGCUGGGCUUACUGAAGCUGCACUAUGAACGUUCACAGUGCAAACAGUCUGAGGGCAACCCUUUGGUGUUGCAGGCCGACAAUGCCAAGUACAAUAUGAAGGGAACGUACAAGUGCCAGAAAUGCGGAAAGAGCUUUAAUUCUAUCCUGGAGCGGUUGCAGCACAGGCAAACCCACAUUGUGAAACAUCAGUACAAGUGCUCUCAGUGUGACAAGUCAUACAGUCGGCAGUCCGACCUGAAAAGACACCAGAUGAAACACUCUGGGGAGAAGCCCUUCCCUUGCGAGGAGUGUGGCAAAAGGUUCACGCACUGGUGGAUUCUUCAGAAACACCAGUACACCCACAGGAAUGAACGUCCGUUCCCUUGUGAGGAGUGUGGCAAGAGUUUCUCGCAGCUGCAGAUCUUGCAAAGGCACCAGAUGACUCACAGUGGACACCGGCCAUUCCCUUGCUCCCUGUGCGAAAAGAGCUUCACACAGCUGGCUGGACUGACCAGGCACCAGCGCAUCCACACUGGGGAGAGACCAUACAAUUGCACUGUGUGCGAAAAGACUUUCCUCACCCAUGGCGAGCUGGCACGGCAUUCCAGGAGCCACACAGACGAGAGGCCAUUCCCUUGCACCGAGUGCCCUAAAAGCUUCAAGACCAAGCGGGCACAAAGGGAACACAUGAAUACCCACACCGGAGAGAGACCUUACUCCUGCAACACGUGCGGGAAGACAUUCUCCAAGUCCACAUCGCUGGUGAGGCACAACCUGAUACACACUGGCCAGAGGCCACACGAAUGCACCCAGUGUGGGAAGUCAUUCCUCACCUCCGGAGAGCUCUUGUUACACACGCGGAUACACACAGGUGAACGACCUUACCCGUGUCCGCAGUGUGAGAGGAGGUUCAGGUGUUCGUCUGACCUGACAAUGCAUUUGAGGACUCACACGGGGGAACGACCUUUUGCCUGCAACGAGUGCAAGAAGACAUUCUCGACAACGACGAGACUCAAAAGGCACAUGCUGACACAUCGGAGACGGCGGAUGCAGGUCACUGUUACUCUGUGACAUUUGGUCAAGAUGGAUAGAAAUGUGGUUUUGAAUGCUGAGGUCACACAAGUGUUCUGUCAGGAGUUUUCUUAAAGAUGUGUUUCACAGUGUGUUUUCAGUAGGAAUAAG